AGCUCAGGAGGCGGGAUCUGUCGGAAUGUUGGUGGGAAAAUGACGCCAUGUUGUGUGUUUUUUGAACACGCCCUGUGCGGGGAGAAGAGCAGAGAGAACAGAACUUCACUCUUCAGUCGGAUUAAAGUUUACAGCAGGGCAGAGUUUCUGUGUGUGUGUGUGUGUGUGUGUGUGUGUGUGCAUGUGAUGGCGGAGGCCCACCAGGCCGUUGCGUUCCAGUUCACCAUCACUCCUGAGGGCUUCGACCUGCAGCUCUCUCGACAGGCCCUUAAUCAGAUCUACAUCUCCGGCCUGCGCUCAUGGAAGAAACGCGUCAGCAGAGUGAAGAACGGUGUGCUGACGGGCAUGUACCCUGCGAGCCCCUCCUCCUGGCUCUUCGUUGCCGUGGUGACCCUGGCCACCCUGUAUGCCGAGUCCGACCCCUCCAUGGGCCUCAUCUCUAAGAUCCGGGAUCACCUGCCGCUCAGUGUGUCUCUGAGCUCUCAUGGACAGACGAUGUUGUCGGCGUUGUUAUUCAGCACUCUGUUGUGGCUCUCGCUCGUCCUCACCCUGCGCUUCUGUCUCAAGCUCCUCCUGUCCUACCACCGCUGGAUGUUCGAGCAGCACGGACGCAUCUCCACCACCACCAAGCUCUGGGUGUCUCUGGUGAAGUUGCUCUCCAGCAGGAAGCCGUUGUUGUACAGUUAUCAGAGUUCGUUGCCACACCUGCCUGUUCCUCCCAUCAGAGACACACUGCAGAGAUAUCUGGAGUCCGUGCGCCCGCUGCUGAGCCCCGCUGAAUUUGAUCGCACGACGCAGCUGGCUGCUGAUUUUGAGAAGAAUUUGGGAAAGCGUCUUCAAACGUACCUGAAACUCAAAGCUCUGUGGGCCACUAAUUACGUGAGUGACUGGUGGGAGGAGUAUGUUUACCUGCGAGGGCGGAGCCCCAUCAUGGUCAACAGUAACUACUAUGGAAUGGACUUCCUGUAUGUAACACCGACAGCUAAGCAGGCAGCUCGAGCAGGAAACACCAUCACGGCCCUGUUACUGUAUCGCCGCAAAGUCAACCGAGAGGAGCUUAAACCUAGUCGUGUUCCCGGGACAGUCAUCCCUCUGUGUGCAGCUCAGUGUGAACGCAUGUUUAACACUACACGCACUCCAGGAGAGGAGACAGACACACUGCAGCACUGGCAGGACAGUGAGUUUGUGGCAGUGUACCACAGGGGGCGCUAUUUCAGACUGUGGGUUUACAACGCUGGCCGUCUCCUCUCUCCCCGAGAGAUCCAACACCAGAUCCAGAAAAUCCUGGACGAUCCGACACCUCCUGUACCGGGAGAGGAGAAACUGGGAGCACUGACCGCUGGAAACAGGGUUCCCUGGGCCCGUGUGAGGAAGCGGUACUUCAGCUCAGGGGUAAAUAAACGUUCUCUGGACUGCAUUGAGAAAGCAGCGUUCUUCAUCACUCUGGAUGAUGAAGAGGAAGGGAUGAAGGGUGACGAUCCGGCCGGGAACCUGGACCGCUACGCUAAAUCUCUCCUGCACGGCAAGUGUUAUGACCGGUGGUUUGAUAAAUCCUUCUCUGUGGUGAUUUAUAAAAACGGGAAGACGGGGCUGAACGCUGAACACUCCUGGGCUGAUGCUCCCACUGUGGCUCAUUUAUGGGAGUUCACUUUGGCCACAGAUGCUUUUCAGUUAGGUUAUGACACAGAUGGAAACUGUCACGGUGAAGUGCAGCAAUCUCUACCUCCCCCUCAACGCCUCAGCUGGGACGUACCACCAGAGGUGCAGGAGCAGAUGAAUGAGUCUCUGGCGGUGGCUCGAGCUUUGGCUGAUGAUGUCGACUGUCACGUGUUUCCCUUCAGACAGUUCGGAAAAGGACGCAUUAAAAAGCUGAAAAUCAGCCCAGACGCUUUUAUACAGAUAUCACUUCAACUGGCAUAUUAUAGGGACAGAGGAGGGUUCUGUCUGACAUAUGAGGCCUCAAUGACGCGUUUAUUCAGAGAGGGCCGCACUGAGACCGUUCGCUCCUGUUCUAACGAGAGCUGUGCAUUUGUUCUGGCUCUAGAGGCUGGAGAGGGGAAGGAACAGUGCGUCUCUCUCCUGCGUAAAGCUGCUGAGAAACACCAGAAUCUCUACAAAUUGGCCAUGACUGGUUCCGGCAUCGACAGACAUCUCUUCUGCCUCUAUGUGGUCUCCAAAUACCUCGGCGUCGAGUCUCCGUUUCUCAAUCAGGUGUUGUCUGAACCCUGGCGUCUCUCCACAUCUCAGACUCCUGUGCAGCAGAUGGAGCUUUUUGACCUGAUUAAUCAUCCUGAAUUCAUCUCACUGGGUGGAGGCUUCGGCCCUGUGGCUGAUGACGGUUACGGCGUGUCCUACAUCAUAGUUGGUGAGAACCUGAUCAACUUCCACGUGUCGUGUAAAAACUCCUGCACACACACAAACUCGCGCAGGUUUGGUUCUCAGAUCAGCCGAGCUUUAAAGGACCUGAUGUCUCUGUUCAGCGCCGACUCUGAGAAACCAGUGGAGAAAAAACAGCCAUAAACUCUGUGUGCGUGUGUGUGUGUGUGUGUGUGUGUGCGUGCACGUGUGUAUGUGUGUGUGUGAGAGAGAGAGAUAUGGUCUCAGACCUGCAGUGAAUCAGUCACAGGGGAAACGAUCAUAUAUAUCCAGAGGAGGCUAGUGUGCAUAUGCUAGCAGCUCAUUAGUAUAACGUUUCAUUUUUGGCUCCACAUCAGAUUAUUCACUGUUUAAUGUUUCAAAGUGGAAUAUUUUGGAUUUUUUGUGUAAGUGAGUGCAGCAGCGCCAUCAACAGGUCGUAAUGAUAACACACAGAAUGGUGUGAAGUGAGAAGCAAGGCUGGGGCUGAUUUUUUUCUCCCACAGACUCUAGAUUCAUACAGCCAAUCAGUGAUGGUCAAGGUAGUCAGGUGAUCACACAGAACGACACGCCCCCUUAGAUCUGAUUUCUGUUUGUACCGAUAUUUUUCACGCACCUCCAUAAUAUCAGUGAAGGGGUACGUGAGAUAAUGAGCGUGCACGAGGAGCAUUAUUUACUCCGUCAUCAUUUUUUUACACCCAAAAAUGCCAUUGGAAGAGAAGAGGCAGUAAAAGUAGACAGAAUAAACACACACACACACACACACGCACACACACUCUGCGUAUACAUUACUAGGACAGAGGCAUAAGAUUAGUGCUUUUUGGUUUCAGUGAAACAGCUUUUCUGUUGUUCGGUAUUCAGAGGAAACGCAACAUGAAGCCAGUCGAGCAUUACAGAUUUAUUAAGCAGCAUUGUUUACACGGUCUCCUGCGUAGUUUAAGUACAUCUGGACGAUUUAAAGCAACGUCCAGUAAAAGGCACAUCAGAGCCAAAGCAUCCGUGUCCAUCAGGUUUAGUGUCAUGUUUAGCGUCAUGUUUAGCGAUUUCCUCCACAGUGAUAGUAAACACACUGACAGUAAACACACUCUGUCUUUCUUUAAAGCUUUACACCGUCAUCGUGACUGUUGUCAUGGGCUGCUUCUCAAAUCGAAUCCAGAAGAUCGGUACAAAGAAGGCUACAUGAGAAGUGUUAAACCCUAACUGUAAUAGGAAAACCGGUUAGUGUUAGUACUCGAUAACGGUUUAGAAUGGUACACGUGUGAUUUGAGGCGCAGCGCUGUUUACGUUGUUACACUGUUUACACUGUUUACAUCGGUAUUGGACCACACAGACGUGUAGCGUUAAGUUCUGAGAACGUUCACAAGCGACAGUCCAAACACAGGCAGCCAUCUUGUGUACACAUGGUUAAAAGCAGGUUUAAUCCAGGCUUGUGUGUGUGUGUGUGUGUGUGUUAUAGUUCCAUCAUUUGUAUUAUACUGUAAGUGAGAUAUAAUAUAUCACCUAAUGGUUUCACUGUAGGCAUACUGAAUUUAAGCUUCCCGUCUGUCACCACCUACCAUGACUGUGUAAACCCACACACACAAGUGUUUAAUGCUGUAACCAUUUAUGCAUGAGAUAACCCUAACGCUAACCCUAACCCGCUUCACUUAUCUGCAUAUGAAUGAAUGUAAAUUAAAGCUGCAGAUUUCUCUGAUUGAGUCACUGAACAGCCGCUGUAGUGAGAUUGAGUUUCUCUUUAUGUUUAUAUAAUACUCUACUGUUAAACAUCUAGACAGAACUGUUAUCUUGAUAUUUUACUGAAAUGGGAAUUGUCUGUUUUUAAAUGAUUGAAUCAGACUGGAGUUAUGGAUGAAGCUGGUGUUGGAAAUUUUCUGUUUUAAUAUUCUGUGUUCACAUGAUGCAGUAACAAUGCAAUAACUUUGCUUAAUGCGUUAAAAUGCACAAUGCAAUCACAAUGCAAAAUAUUUUAGUACUACAUUGACAAAUUCAAUGACUAUGCCAAAGCAAUGCAAAAGCUUACUAAAGGGGAACCUGAUUAUCUGUUUGGUGUUCAUAUGAAUGUUUUUCUCUUAUGUGUAUAAUUUAUGUGUGUGUGUGUGGUGAAAAUUUAAUUCCCAAACUGUUUCAGCUUUAACCAAAAUGUUAAACAGGGAAAUUCGUGUUCUUGAAUAAAUAAACUGUUGAAUGUU